GACGCGUAUCUAUCUGCAACCAGAAUUUGGUAGCUUCAACCAUCAAACAAUCCAUUAACUAACAACAAUGGCGAGAGGAGAUUACGAAGAUGAAGAAGAACAACCGCCAUUGUUACAGACCUCAAACCACAACCUCACAGGAACCGUAUGGACAGCCGUAGCACAUAUUAUAACAGCAGUGAUAGGAUCCGGAGUUUUAUCACUAGCUUGGAGCAUGGCACAGGUGGGAUGGAUUGCGGGCCCAUUGUCUGUGCUCAUCUUCGGCUUCUUCACCCUUGUUUCCGCAUACUUUAUCUGCGACAUUCAUCUUUAUUUCAACCCUAAAACCGGUAACACCACUAUGAACCAGUCCUACUUGCAGGCCGUUCACACCAUUCUAGGGUAUAAGCAUGGUGUGGCGUGUGGAUGCUUGCUGUAUUUCAGUAUAUUCAAAACGGGAGUUGUGUAUACAAUCACUUCUGCCACUAGCAUGAGAGCAAUCUUGCAAUCAAAUUGUUACCACAAACAAGGGCAUGAUGCUGCUUGUGAAUUUGAGGAUAGGCAUUAUAUGCUUAUGUUUGGAAUGGUUCAAAUACUAGCUUCUCAAAUACCCAACAUUUUUCAUACGAAAUGGCUCUCAAUUAUUGCCGCAAUUAUGUCAUUCACAUAUUCUUUUAUUGGAAUGGGACUUGGAUUAGCCCAAGUAAUAGCAAAAGGGAAAAUUGAAGGUAGCAUCUAUGGAAUCUCAACUACUAAACCGACACAGAAAGUAUGGUUGGUUGCUCAAGCUAUCGGAGAUAUUGCAUUUGCUUUCAACUUCGCCUUAAUCCUUCUUGAAAUACAGAGCACUUUGAAGUCACCUCCAUCACAAAAAGUCACCAUGAAGAGGGCUUCCGCAAUUGCGAUCGUUACAAGUACUUUCUUCUACCUGUUCUGUGGUGGAUUUGGGUAUGCUGCAUUUGGAGAUUCGACUCCUGGAAAUCUGUUGACCGGGUUCGGGUUUUACGAACCGUAUUGGCUCGUUGACUUCGGUAACGCGUGCAUUGUUCUCCAUUUAGUUGGAGGGUACCAGGUAUACUGUCAGACAAUGUUUGUAAUAGUGGAAAGAUGGUACGCGGAAAAAUACCCAGACAGCGAGUUUGGGAAAGACACGCGAAGCGUGAAGGUGUCGUUAUUGCCUGAGUUCAAACUAAAUCCACUUCGGUUAUGUUUUAGAACAGCAUAUGUGGUUUUGACGAUGGCAGUUGGGAUGUUAUUCCCUUACUUUAAUGAGGUCCUUGCGUUUGCAGGCUCGAUCAUCUUUUGGCCGGUGACCAUAUAUUUUCCGGUACAGAUGCACUUUGUGCAGAAGAAGGUUGUACCUUGGUCCGGAAAAUGGAUUUUACUUGGUGUGUAUACCAUUUUUUGCCUGCUUGUAACCAUUUUUAGUUUGGUUGGUUCCAUUGAAGGACUCAUUGCCAAAAGAUUUGGCUAGUAAAUAGUAAAUAGUAAAUUCUGUUUGAAGCUAAUAAGGGGGUGAUAGCAAAUUUUAUUGGGUGUAUUAGCCCAUUCUAUUGUAUCAAACAGUUGUAUCAAUAUUAGAAUGUUACAGAAUAAUGUAACAUUUAGAGAAUAAUGUCAUUUAAACUGGGCUAGUUGUGACGUGUUAUUCAAUUAUAAGUUGAAUUCGAAUACUUGUUUAAA